AUGAAGAAAUCGCAGGAUCCACUGAAAAAUAAAUUCUUCGGCAGUUUUAUGAUGAAGUCGGCGUACUACUUUUGCCUGUUACCCGACAUUCUCGACUUUCAAACUGGAUUUACUCGAAUGUUCUACAUUCAUUAUGCUAAAUUGAUCUACGGUGCUGCCAUUUUCGUCAACUUGAGUCAGAUAGUUAAGUUGUAUCAGCUUUUCAACGACGACCCGCUGAUUAUUGACGAAGUCUUCAGAAAUUUCAAUAUCACGCUUUACUAUAUUAAUGUUAUCAUCAGGGGUUUGUUUUUGAAAGGCAACCUCAGCAGCAAAAUCUUCAGAAAAGUUUUCGAAUACGAAGACUUUAUUUAUUCCACUGGUGACCCUACAGCUCAAUCCGCCUACGAAACAUCUCUGAUUUUUAUCCAAAGAACUAAAUACUGCUACGUUAUAAUGGCGGUGCUUAUGAUGAGCGGCUACGUUCCAGCACCAUUGUUCAGGGAUCCUUACUACAUAACUAAUGGUAACGAGACAGUAGUCGUCCCCCAAACGCCCAUAUCUAUAUGGACACCAUUUCACAACUCAUAUUUGCUUUCUUACCUGUACUCUACUUCAUGCGGAUGUUAUGUGACUAUCAUUUUGAUUGCAACGGACUUGAUUUGCUAUUGGUGA